GUGCGAUGCAAAGCCGGAGAUGCGAAGCCAGUUUGCGAAACAUAACAUGGAAGAAAAUACACCAGAAUACAACAGAAAUAUGUAUCAAGCGAAAUGUGUAUUUUGCUGUUGAAUGUGCAAACUAGAAAGUGCUUUAUUCGCCAGUCAAUAUUCCCUGGAAUGGAUUAUGAUAAUUCCGAGGCUUCAAAGAUGUGACGUCACUAAUUAGGGGCCAAAUAUAAAAGUUGUAUUGUUGGACUUGUACAUGUUGCGAUCAUCAUAGAUAAUCAACUUUUUAAUGGGAUGGAUUCUACCAGCGCGAAGUUCGUUGGCUCCUCCUGUGGUCAGCAUGGACCUUAUACUUUCUACAAGGCCUUCAAAUAUUUUAAGGACAAAAAACCUAAAAUUUUGUCGUUGGGGGAAUUUUUCUUCGUGGAAAUUGUACGCGACGCACCAGUAAGCAUUGGUGAACUUCAACUCCUUUGGCACGAUAAAAACAGUAACCAACUGUUAACAAGUGUUCGACUGUAUUUUCUCCCGGACCAUACACCUGAUGGAAAACUUGACUACCAUGGAGAGCAUGAAAUCCUUGCUCUUUCUGAGAAAUUAAUUCUUCGUCUGGAUGAUCUGGUGACCUUGAUAGCAGAGGAUGUGCCCUGGUCAGAUGGUCUGAUGGCAUUCUGUGAGGAUGAUGGUCAGCCAGAUUUGACCCACAAUGACGAACUGAUGCAGGCCUUCAGGAGUAAUAACUGUGGAUUGCAGUUUAAUGACGUCAAAAAGGAGAAGGAGCUUAUUGGUGACAAGGGCGUAUCGAACAAUGUCCAGCAAGUGGUCAUCAUGAGUUACCCUCAGUACUGCCGAUAUCGCACCGUCCUCAAGCGUCUGGAGAACAUGAUGGACAAAUGGUUGAGGAAUGCCAUUGUCAGCGCCAUCGGUGGCUUCUCAGUGAAAUCCAGGAACUGUCGCAUCAUGUUCUGCAGAGAAACAUUCUACCAUCCUGAGUUGGAGGACUUUGAGUUGCGCUGUGAUCAUCUAGCACCUAACCUGAAGGGUCGGCCUCGUAAAAAGAAGAAUCUCAAACGAGAGUGUUCUCAAGACUCGGACAGUUACGAGGAUGGCUCAGACACUUCAUCAUUAGCAUCCACCUCACAAGCACCAUCAUCAACAUCGUCAAGGGUGGUUGGGAAAAAGGGGGGCAGCAAGGUCACAAAAGAAGAGCAGAACUUUAUGAUAAGUCUCCACAAGUUUAUGAGGAAUCGACAGACACCCAUAGACAGGGUUCCGUCAUUGGGAUUCAAACAGAUAGAUCUCUACUACUUCUACUCAUAUGCGAAGAAACUUGGUGGCUACGACAUGAUCACAGAGAAGAGGCUCUGGAAACAUCUGUAUGACAAGCUUGGCGGGCAUCCAGGGAGUACUAGUGCUGCCACCUGUACACGAAGGCAUUAUGAGAGGUUACUGCUGGCCUUUGAACGCUAUGAAAAGGGAGAUGAACCCCGGAAUAAGAUUAAGUCAAAGGUCAAGGCCAUGAUCAACAACCAGAAUAAAGGUCAUGAUAAGGCCAAACUGAAGUCAGAACUGGAUGAAAAGAAGGAAUUACUGAUGCAAGCAAUUGAUGUGUCUAUGGAAGAUAAGGUUCGGAAAUGGAAUGAGAUCCGUCGCCAGAAGGCUAUGGAACGUGAUCAGGUAAAUUCACAGCUGAAACGAGGCCACCCAAGACAGACGGUGAAGAAAAUGUUGGAUAAAGUUUCAUCUAAAGAGAACAAAGUUGAAGACCUCGCAAUGGAAACGCUGAAAGAGGUCAAAGUUCAGAUUCCCAAAAUGGCCAGUAUUGAAAACGGCAAAGUCAAAAUCGAAAAUGUGCAGAUAUCUUCAGUUCAGAAAACAGACCUCGAAGUGCCAUCAGUUAAACAACGCACACGGCCAAGUAUUUUAUCGCCUUUAGUUCAACGUAAGGUUCAAAACCAUGUGAAGUCGCAACCCACCCAGUCACAACAGCAGACACCACUUCCGCCUGUACAGACGUCUGCUCAUCUACAGCAGACGCCACACACCCAGCCCCCACAGACCCCCGUGAUAAGUACACAUGCACUGUUCUAUGCAAGCAAUUUCCCCUUGCCCGCAUCUCAUUUCAUUGCUCACCCGUCAUCUUCGUCAUCUGUGGAGGUUGCUGCCCAUGCCAGUGAAAACAGCAACGUGUAUUUUCCAAAAUCCUCAUUGUUUGUUACCAACAAUGCUUCACAAAUCAACGAAAACCAAUUGAAAAAAGCCAUUCCGAGCAUGAGGCCAUCUGUGAUACAACACACGCCGAAACCAAAACUUGAUGAAGUGAAGUAUGAGGGCACCUCGAACUCCCGGUCUCACUCCCCAUCAACAUACAGCUCAAAGCCAAUCGUCCCUGCCCACAGUGGGCAAGCUCACUCUCAUCAACAACUCAAACGGCCAUACCCAUACCCUAACGUGCCACAAACGUCUCACCUGCCAUCCCGAGACCAUCCGCGACCCCACCUUAGUCCUGUUUUAGCCAACGAUCCGUUCUUUAAUAGUGUGAAACGUGCGAGAGCCGAUCCGCCACAGGGUCGAAUCACUCCUGCUCAUACGAACCACACUAAACCAGACAUGAACAGUAGCCAGGACCAGCCUGUUGACUUUAGCAUGAAAACUAUGAGAGAAAAAGAACAGAAAAGAAUCGAACAAAAACGGGAUUAUGAAAUGAAAGACUUUGCUCCCAAGACCUUCAAGUGUGCUCUGUUCCCUCAGGAGUUUCCUACCUCAGCAGCAAGAGCAAAUCUCAAAGACCAUGAGCGGUCAGGGUCAAGGUCAGAUAUCCGGUCAGCCUCUGUCCGUGGUUCAAGUCCCCUCUCUCUCAUGAGAUCUCAGGAACGUCCCAGCGCCUCUCCAUCUUCAACUGGAUCUAGAUCUGCCACAAGUACACCACUUAACAAUAAUAAAGCAUUGUCCAAGCCCCUGACAGCGUCUGCAGCUUACUCCGAAGUCCCGUCUCCACAUCUUCAUCCUGCCUUCCCUGCUCCUUACAUGCCCUCCCAUAUCUCCCCAAACAGCGUAGUUACCUCCCCUGCUCAGCUGCAGCAGAUGUAUGCCGCACAGUACGCCAACAUCCAGAUGGCGGCAUACGAGGACAUGAUGCGGCAACAAGUCCUGGCGUAAGUCGGCAGCACGUCCCCCAUCCUGAUAUCGCCCACCCAACUAUAUCAAAACAUUUACAAGGAUACGCAGAAAUUCAGUGCCUCAAAGUCAUAAUCAUCUGUCACAAAUCAUUUAUGCUAUGGAGACAAUUAUGAAUGUGCUGUUUUUGCCACGUUUUUGUUUAUUUUUGUUGUUAAAGUUGUUUGAAAGUACCAUGCUGUUUAUCGUGUAUGUGAGAAUUCGUCAUCUCAUUGUAUAGAUUAGGUGAGACAUUUAGAGAUUGUUCAUCUCAUGGGUUAGUUUUGAUAGUUCAUAUUCUAUUGUGUAUUGGAGAUUAGUUAGCAAGAGAUAUACAAGGAACAGUGAGACAUGUCACAAGAUGUGCACAAAAGUGAGAUGUCGAGAUGUUUCAGUGACAUCUUUUCUCUAUGAAACAAGUGACAAGCAGUUGAUUUGCGUCUCAGGAUAACAAGAUGUGUGUAUUAUGUGAGAUCUUAUUUUGAGAUCCGCUUACCUCAGUGUGAAAACAGGGAAUCUCUGUCAUGAGGAACUGAGAUCUGACAGGCGUGAACCAGAUCAGGUGAGAACUGUCCCCGCAAUUUGUUUUCUCACCUGAAUGAUUCAACUACUGAGAAUUAAUUUCUUAGGUAUGAGAAAUGCUUCUUGUAAUGAAAAGCUAGGGAUGUCAUGAUAUUACCAUCUACGAAACAGUCUGUGAUACAAUGUCAAAUAGUUCUUUUCUACACUGAUUCAGAAGAUGCCGAGUUGGAAUUGCAAGAUGAGGUUGUUAUCGGUUACCCUAGAUAUGUAUGCAGGCAGCUUGGAUUGUGUACUCCCUAGGGAGUUGAGAAUGAAAACUGAGAUCCCGCUGAUCUACUGACUGGGGUAAUAAGGAUAUGAUUUGAGCAUGAUAUCUGGCAUGGAAAAAGUGCCAUAAAAUUGACUAUUAUUAUCAAUUUUAUUAUAGAGUAUAUCUAGGCUGGGUUAAAAGUGUAAGCACUGUAUGGCAUGAAGUUAUAAUGUAAGGAGAAGUAUGUAUUGUGACAUCCCUAAUGAAUACUAACAUUAUUCAAUUUCUAACAGUUAAUCAGAUUACUUUUACAGUUGUUUGCCUUUAAUCUUCUGAAGUAGCUGAAGUCUGUUGGCUUUUGCUAAUUACACUUGAUCAACUGAAUGUAGUCCAUAUAGAGGUCAAACUAGCCUCUCAGGGCUUCACUAUAUCAUGACAGGCCUUAAAGACUGUGGCAUUUACCCCUCACUAACAACUCGUAGGCUAGUUGUUAACCAUUUGCUCUUCCACCUGAGGUCAAUUCCUCUCAUGGCUACAUGGUUGAAGCCCAUUGAAUUAUCAAAAGCAGAGAAAACUAUACUCACUCAAAGUUUAGGCCGUCUGUGACUUACGGUACAAGUUCUGAACCUAAGUCUGGUCAAGAUUCAUGUAGUCCAGUAACUGUCAGUAAGCAAAGGUCAUGACAGCACAUGUAUGUUGUAAGGGAUUGUUAUAAAGGAGUAAAGUGUAAUUGGGUUUGGCUCGUGACAUUUUGGCGUUGAUUUUCAUUUCACAUAUCCACAGUUUUCUUUAAGGCCUUGGUCAGGUGGUCUGCAAGAGACUUACUCAAGGCAAGAUCUGAUAUACUUCUGAGGUCACAAACACAAACCUCCUUGGUCAGGAGGGGUAUCACUUAGUGAAACUGUGAACUCAUUGUUACUAUGUUACUGUGUUGAACCAGAGACCAUAUUAUAUUAU